AUGGAGGCUGUCUCUGAGAUCUUAGUUUGUCCUUUCACGGUCAAGGAGGCCGUUCCUGAAUCCCUUGCUUGUCCUGUCAUGGCCAAGGAGGCUGUUUCUGAAUUCUUCACCUGUCCAAGAGUGCACAGUGAAGCAUUUGCCUCCAGACAACCAGAUAACCGGCACUUACUUUUUGAGCAAGUAUCAGCGCGGAUCGUGCAGGAGGUUACGGCCGAAGCGGUAGCAGUACUGAAGGGAGAGCAGGAGCUGCAUCCAGACACUGCCGUCAGGCUGCCAUCAGUGGAGGACUCUGCAAACCUGCCACCCUCACCUCCUCCGUCCCCAGCAGCAGAGCAUUUUGGGCCUUUGGAUCAAGAUGUAGGGGAUGAGGAGGAAGCAGGUCCUCUCCGCCGCUUCCAAAAUUCUCGCGAGAGGUGCAAGUUCCUCGCCCCCUCCAUCUCAGUGUCUGUGCCUGAGGAUGACCCCUACCACUCUGACGAGGAAUACUAUGAGCACCCUUUAUUCAGCCCAGAGUGGACGCGCUCUGGCUCUCGCCCCUCAGGGCAGGCCGCCGCGUUUAGACAGAUUGAAGGUGAACCUCGCAUGGUUCCUCUCUGCCAUUAUCUCCUCCCCUCCUCUUCCUUUUCUGUCUCUUUCCUUCCACUUCUUUCUUUAGCUCAGCAUCAACACCUCUCUCUCUCUCACUCUUUCUCUCUCUCUCUGCUAAGCUCUCUGAAGAUGGAAGCAGAGCGACUAGACAGUGAGAGGACAGAUCCCAUUGGCAUGGACUUCACUGAAUCUGCAGUGCAUCCAGAUGAUGAUCUCCCAUCUUACCAGAGCCUUGUCAGAGACACAGAUAUGCUGGAAAGCCCCUUUGCUCGAACAUGCCCCAUGGAGGAUUUUGAUCUCCCUCCAAGUUACCAGGGUCAUGCCAAAGAACCUUGCAACACUCCAACUGAAAAGCCUGAUGGACAAAGUGGUGCUGUGAAUCAGCCAUCAACCGAAACGUGUGACUCCAGUAAUAUCCUUGAGGUCAAAUCAGGGCAGAUUCAAGACAAACAACUGGAAAUAUCAACAGAUGGGGACAUGAAGGACAAAUCUGGAAUGUCUGCUUAUUUUGAGACCACUACAAUUAAGACAGAUGCCUCCGGGUCUCAAGGAGAAGGGUAUUAUGAGCUGAGUACUACAUCAGAAGAACAAAAGGACUCUAUUGGUAGCCUACCACUUCCUGAAAUCAGCUACAGCACCUUGGCUCAAGUACAGUCUUUGGAAGUCCAACCAGAUCUUCCGAAAAGUAGCACAGACACACUACACACCACAUCACCUGUAGACAGAAGAGAUGACUGCAGACUCUCUCCUGGAAAACUGGCUCUAGAGCAACGAAGUUACUCUUUAAAUAUCACCAUUGGGGCAAUGGAUCAUGGUGAUGCCCAAGGGCAUCCAAGAAACUUCUCUCCGUUAGCCACAGACAUCAUGUCUCAUACUAGUGAGAGCCUUGAUGAAUCUGCUGAUUACCUUCCUGUCACCACUCCCUCAGUAGAGAAGCUCCCUCAGUUUCCACCACUGAUUCUGGAGACAACUGCCUCUGCCACAGCUCCAUCAUUUUCACCUCCCCAGACAACAGUCACUGAUGUAAAGACAAGUCCACAGACGGAGUCUCCAGAAUCACCUGUCCAAGCUAAGAGCUGUUACAAGAACAGCACUGUCAUGGCCCCAGACCUGCCUGAAAUGCUGGACUUGGCAGGUACCCGAUCAAGGUUGACGUCUGACAACACAGACCCAGAGAUUAUGAGGAGGAAGUCUGUCCCAAUGGACAUGUCUUCUCUAGUAAGUGAUUCUUUAGCACAUUUGCUCAAAGGUGACCAGGGCCAGAUGGCUACAAAGAGAGAAAUGCAGUUGGAGGAACAAGGAUAUUGUGUCUUCAGUGAAUACUCUGGUCCCAUGCCAUCGCCUGCGGAUGUGCACAGUCCAAUGGACUCUUCUUCUCAAAUAUUCAACACUGUGAUAUCAGAGGAGAAGGAAACUGGUCUGGUUGCAUUUAGACAACAGGAGUGUCUAUCAACUGAAGAUCUGAAAGCAACAGAAGUUGUUACACCACAGGCAAAACCAGAAGAAGAAAAGCCAAGGAAUGAAGAUUCCUUUGAAAUCGAAAUUGUACCUUCUGAAAAACCUUCUAGAGAGACCAAUCAAGAGGAAUCUGAUCUGUUGAAUACUGAACCUUUGGAAGAAACCAAGAGUCCAACUCUACCUGAUAACGAGAAAGGACAGUUAGACAAACAAGCUGAAACCUUUAUCACACCAAAGGUGACGGUUACUCUUGAGGAAGCAAAGCCUGAUCUUGAUGCAGGUUCCAAACUUUCAGCUGAAACCGAAGCUGAAAUAGCUGACUAUGAGAGGCAAAUUCGCAAAUUGGAGAUGGAGGACCGACCUUUGAGUGUAGAGGAGGAGCGGGAGCUCCAGGAACUCAGGGAGAAGGUGAAGAAUAAACCAGACCUUGUACAUCAGGAAGCUUAUGAAGAAGUGGAUGCAGAGGAUGCCUACCAACUCACUGGAGCUGCAAAGGACAGAAUUGCUCGGCCCAUCAGACCAUCCCCAGCAUCUUCUGUAGAAAGUGCUACUGACGAGGAGAAAAUGCAUGUUGGUGACACUGAAAAACCUAGAUCACCAUGUGAGAAAGAGACUCUUAAAACAGAUCCUAAUAGAUUAUCUCCCGUUGGGUCUUUUGAGAAAUAUUUUAGAGAGGAGAGACCGUCUGAGCAGGAGGUAAAGCAGAAAGACUCAGUGCAGACCCUCAAAGAGAAUGUUGCAGAGGAGAAACCUCAGCCAGCUCCUUCAAAGACAGACGAGGCUCCUCUUGAUGCCACGGUGACUCAAAAAGUAGAGGAAGAGGUAGAGCUUGCUGAGGAGCCUGAUGAGGUCAUGCCAGAACCAAAGCCAGCUCUUAAUGUGGAAGAGAAGCUGGUGGCAGAUAAAACUGAACCAGAUGAGGUUGUGGACGAAAACGAGGAGGAAAAAGUGGUUGAGAAAGAAGAAGAGGAAGACGAGGAAGUCUUGGAAGGGGCCAAAGCUGCAGAAGACACUGUUGAGCCUAAAGCUGCGAUUGAGUCAGUAGUAACAGUGGAAGAUGAUUUUAUUACGGUAGUGCAGACCAUUGAUGAGAGCGAAGUCUCUGGACACAGUGUACGCUUCUCAGCUCCCUCUGAGGAGCAACAUCCACAGCUCCUCCAAGAGGAGGAAGAGGAGGAGGAGGCUGUGGAAAUGGCACAGGAAGUAGAGAUGGAGGCUCCCAGUUUGGAGGAAGUCGUAGAUGUUCCAGAACCUGUUGAACCUCCUGUAUGUCCAGCUAAAGAGAUAGAAGUACCAGAGAGUGAGGCCCCAACUCAAAGCUAUGAUGACUACAAAGAUGAAACUACCAUCGAUGACUCCAUCUUAGACAGUUCCUGGGUGGAUACUCAAGAUGAUGAUAUUAGCAUGGCCACAGAGAAAAUUGAGCCUUUACCCAGAGUGAUGAGCCCUGUCAAGAAACCACACGCAGAGAAACCAGCAAAACAGAGGGCUAAAGGCGGCAGGGCCAAAGGAAGAAUCACCACCCCUGAACGCAAACCUGUUCGCAAGGAGUCAGUACCCAUCCAGAAGGAUGAGAUGAAGAAGAAAAAAGUGUCUGCAGAUGGUCGACUGCCCUUCAGUGUGGCCAGGCACUCUAGAGACUGGGCAUCUACCUCCAAUCCCACAACACUAACAAAGAUCCCCACCUCUAAAAUUCGGGCAGAGGCUUUGCUGCCGGCCCGGCCGAACUCUGCCAGCUCCUCCAAUAAAAGGAGCCCGUUGGUGGAGGCAGAUCUUUAUGAGCCCCGCCCUUCUUCAGCAGGCCCACAAGUAUUGCUAAAUUUAUAUGCUGUAAAGGAUGGUGGUUCUCGGAGCCCAGAGAAGAGGUCGUCCCUUCCACGGCCAGCAUCCAUACUAACCCGCCGCCCACACAUGGCUGAUCAUGAGGAGAGUUCCACUUCCAUUACCAGCUCUGGGUCAACAGCACCACGCAGACCCACAUCUUUCCGUACUGAAGUCAAAGCACAGCACAGGACAGGCAGGUCUCAUAGUAUGACAGGCGCAGAGACUACUCGGUCCCGCUCGGCCCGCAGUGGCACCUCUACACCCCGCACGCCCAUGUCCAUGGCCAUCACCCCUGGAACCCCUCCCAGCUACUCCUGCCGUACUCCAGGCACCCCCCACACACCGGGCACCCCCAAAUCUCUCAGCCUGCUGUCCCAGGAAAAGAAAGUGGCCAUCAUCCGAACGCCUCCAAAAUCCCCGGCGACUACACCCAAACAGCUGCGCGUCAUUAACCAGCCACUGCCUGACCUCAAGAACGUCAAAUCCAAGAUCCGUUCUAUUGAUAACAUCAAGUACCAGCCCAAGGGGGGCCAGGUUCAAAUUCAGUCUAAGAAGAUUGAUCUUAGUCAUGUGACUUCCAAGUGUGGAUCAUUGGACAACAUCCGCCACAGGCCAGGUGGUGGUCAUGUGCGCAUUGAGAGUGUGAAGCUGGGCUUCAGAGAAAAAGCCCAUUCGAAGGUGGGCUCCCUGGAAAAUGCCCACCAUAUACCUGGAGGAGGACAUGUACAGAUCGAAAGCCAUAAGAUGAUAUACCGUGACACGGCUAAAGCACGCGUGGAUCACGGAGCGGAGAUUGUGAUCGAGGCGCUCAGGCUGUCGGGCGGCACCUCCCCUCACCGGCACAGCCACAUGUCCUCGUCUGGAAGCCUCAACAUGCUCGAGUCGCCACAGCUGGCCACGCUGGCCGAGGAUGUGACCGCCGCCCUUGCCAAACAAGGCUUGUGAAUCCCCCCGAAACGUCUCCGUUCGACUUUCCCCUCCGGUCAGUCUCCAGUAGUCCCCAUCAGUGGUGUCACAGUUCACCUUUCCUCCCUCUGGUAUUUAUGGAAGACUACAGAUUCACUUCCCAUAUUCACACUUCCCUCUUCAUCAACCAACAAUCUUGCAGCGCCCUGUUGUGACUAUCUGAAUUGGAAAAAAUCUGAUUUUUUUUGGUUGUUGUUAAUUUUAAUGAAUAAUGACUUAGCUAGAGAGGUACCAGUGCUUUUUAUUACCCAUGUUACAUGUGACAUUUUAUGGUUGUGUACAGACAGUGACCUCAAAUGCUGGUUUAGGGUCAGCGUCAGGUGUUUUGCGUAAAAGUCGGUCGAUCAGAAUUUUUUAUAUUCGGGAAUGUGGCGCGACGAUCUCAUGCUGCACGUGUUGUUUUGCCCAUUCAGUGCAUGGACUCUAAAACAUCUCAACUGCGAGUCACGUACGAUCAAACACGAUAUACACUAUAAGGGAAUAUAUUUAUAAGUAUGCCAGCUCUUUGUCUCAACAUCUCAUGCUCAAUCAAAAAAAAAAAAGAUUAAUCCUUAGAUAACUUAUACCUGUACAAUUGCAUUAAAAAAACCUAGAUAGUAUGAUGAGCAUGUAUUCUAGUACACAAAAAGAGGCUAUUUUCUAUCUCAAGGGAUUUUAGUAAGUUAUUUGCUGAAACAUUGAAUAAAAAGAACACCAUGCUUUGUAGAUACUAGCGACGAUGAUUAGCUUGGUACAUUAUUUCGGAUGACCGCCCACACCCCUGCCUUCGCAGUAACCAUUGCUUUCGUGGAUCUUUGUUCCAGAGAUCAAACACAGUUUAAGCAGAUUUGUGCGGCGACUUACACAAAACAAUGAUAUUACGGUUACGCAAAGACAUUCAAGGGCUCCAGGUAUACAUGAAUCAUGUAAGAUCUGCUCGGAUUUGAAGUCUUGAAAUGUGAACCGUACCGCCAUUUUUCUGAGUCGAGAUGGGACGGAUCUGUCUGAGCAAGAUGGGUGGUGCUGCGGCCCUCCUUGGGAGUCUGUCGGUGUGUUAGGUCCUGUGUUUGGUUGCUGAUUCCUGCUUGGAUGCUUAGUUUUCUUUCUUAGGAUGUGGAAAAAGAAACACAUAAAACGAAACUUUAAGAAGGUUACUCACUCCGCUUGCAUCUGUUUGAACACAGUACUCCAGUAUAUUUUCUCUCGUCUUUUGUGGUUCUCCCCUGCCCCUUUUCCUCUAGAACAGCUGUCAUUCGUAGGCUUCUGUGUUUUCUCGGCCCCUCUGAGCCUUACCCACCCUUUCCCUGAUUCCCUCAGCUGCUGUAAAUGUAUUUAAAAGGUCACAUAGAUGUACGCAGUUUUUCUCCUGUUGGUAUGAUACGGAUUAUAAAUGCCCUUAACAGUUAUGACAAUAAAAAUACAGAAAAUGAACAAAA